AGCCCUCAUACCUCGAUGAGCCUUCCCUCCUCCCAGCUGCUGGUGGACUGCGACCUGUUCCCCAAAGAAUUCUCCAUUGUUGUGACACUAAAAGUCACUAGCAUUGCCCCCAAGAAAAAUGAAUACAUCUUUUCCUUGAUGGAGCCAAAGCAAGUAGAGAAAAGAGGAGUGGGGGAGGAGGAAGAGGGGAACGACAAAGGGUACAUUUUGGAAAAGAAUAAAGAGAGGACUGUCGGUGAAGAAGAACGACAUGGAGAGAGGGAGAAGAAUGAAGAACGUCGACGGGUCAUCCUGGGACUGAGGUUCUCCAAAAAACGUCUGCACUUUCUUUUUAGAGGUCACGGAGGAGUCGUAGAGCGCUGGGUGUUUCGAGGCGCCGGACUGGAUGACAACCAGUGGCACACUCUGGUUUUAGGUGUUGGUAGUCAUCAUGUCAGGCUCACAGUGGACUGCAGCACACCCCUGGAAAUUGUUCCCUCCAGGCCUUUCCCCGCAGAUCUCAACAUUCAAGGGUCGAAAUUCCACAUUGGCAGUCGGGGUAGAUGGAAAGGCUUGUAUUCAGGUCUGUUGCGCCAGCUGGUGUUGGUGCCAGGUUCGGAUGCCACCCAUCAGAUUUGCCCCUCUUCGAACCCCCAACUAGCAGUUCUGUCAGUACCACCACUUCUCUUAGACCUGCCUGUCAUGGGGAGGGAGGUUCAUGACCAUGUGACUUCCUAUGAAACAGAGGAGCGAGUGUCAGUGGGGUUGGAGCGGUCAUGCUCAGGGCUGGUACAAGGCCAGAUGUGGUUCAAUCCGCUCAGGAAAGGCCUCUACCUCUGCGACGGUACGGUGUGGAUCACCGUGCUGGAGGAUCAUAAACGACUUGACUACGUGUUGGAACACCAGGUCCUCACCACCAGCUCAGAGACACAUGAUGUAGAGGUGUUCCAGGUAGCUGGCAUGGGUCUGAUGACUGCAAUGGCUCAUAGGUCAACCUCUGGCUCAGCUGUGUAUCUGUGGAGCCACACAGGUUUCCAGCUCUACCAGAAUAUCAGCACAUAUGGAGCUUUGGCUUGGAGACACUUCCGCAUGGGCAAGAAGAUAUUUCUGGUGGUCUCUAACUCUGGCGGAGGAACAGACAAGCGAAAAGAAUCAGAGACUGACAUUUCUGUGAUUUACAAGUGGAGCGAAAGAAGAAAACAGUUUGUGCGGUUCCAGACUCUGCAGACCCACUGUGCACGGGACUGGGAGGCCUUUAACAUCAAUCAACAAACCUAUCUCGCUGUGGCCAACCACAGACAAGGGGAUAAUAAUCACACUAUAGACAGUGUGAUAUACAAAUGGAACAGGUUGACAAAGUCUUUUGAGGUUCACCAGAUGCUGCCGACCUCAGGGGCCUACGACUGGGAGUUCUUUACAGUGGGACAGUACCAUUUCCUGGUGGUGGCUAAUGCCUUUGAUGGAGUGACCACCUCUGUAGACUCAGUCAUUUAUGUUUGGGUCAGAGGAAGCUUCCAGGUGUUCCAGACAAUUAAGACAUUCUGCGCCACAGACUGGGAAAUGUUUCAAAUAGGAAGUAGAGUCUUCUUAGUUGUUGCCAAUGGACACAGACUCCAUCGCAAUGGACCAAGUCAAUAUGCCAUCAACUCCACCAUCUACGAGCUGGACAUGAAUGGGCAGCUGUUUGUCCGCUUCCAGGAUAUCGUCACCUAUAGUGCAGUGGACUGGGAGUUCUUCAGCCUCGGGGAGGAAUAUUUUUUGAUUGUCGCAAACUCCUUCAACGGAGAAUCCUACUCUCUCAACAGCGUUCUUUACAGGUGGCAGGGAUAUGAAGGAUUUGUUCCGGUUCAUUGGCUCCCAACGAUUGGGUGCAGUGACUGGGAGUUUUUUAGCUCUAAAGGAGAAUCGUAUCUGAUCUACUCCAGUGCCAAAGAACCUCUCUCCAAAGUGUUUAAGCUGAAAACACACUAG